AUGGACUGUGGCAGCAUCCGUGGAAUUGCUGAUGAGGCCGACUGUGGCAUUUCUGCCUUUGUGAACUGGGAGCUGAAGCCCAUCGGAGGGGCCUUGAAAUGCUUUCCGGAAGAUUUCGUGGUCAAAGAGCUUCCUCUUCCGGACACCGAGUCUGGCGAGGAAGAGGACGAGAAGCAGUUCCUCCGAUUCCGCCUUAAGAAGCGUGGCCUGGACACACUGGAGGCCGUUGAUGCACUGGCAGCCGCUUGCCACGUCCCUGCACACAGGUUUGGUUUCGCAGGGAUCAAGGACUCUUUUGCUGUCACGACCCAAGAGCUGACCGUGCCGCGAAGCUUGAUCACCGAGGCCGGGCUGCGCAAAGCAGCAGCGAACCUUCCCGGUUUACGGGUGGGUCGUGUGCGACGCAGCCGUCGACCUCUCGUGCCAGGACGCUUGAGAGGCAAUCGCUUCAUUCUUAGAGUCCGUGGCAUCCAGUCCAGUGCCGAGGAGGUGAAAGCAGCCGUGGAAUCCCUGAAGACGAGGGGUUUCAUCAACUACGUUGGCAUGCAGCGUUUUGGCAAGGGCGGUGUCCGCAGUGACCUCCUCGGCUUGGCAUACCUCCAGGGAGACUACGUUCGCUGCGUGGAUAUUUUGCUGCGCCAGCAUAGCGGUGAGAAGGGAAGCGGCCGAAUGCCGAAGUGGGCAGAGGUUUACCAGCGUACCAACAGUGCGGAAGCAGCACUUCGAAAGCUUCCGGAGGGCAGCUGCUGGGCUGAGCGGCGUCUCCUGCGUGCCUUGCGCCGACGACAGGACAUUGAAGGUGGAACUGCCAUGCCAAAAUGGUGUGACGAGGAGCAAACUUCGCCUCCAAAGAAGCGCAUGCGAUGGGGCGAAGUUGCUCGUGAAGCAUUUUUGGCUCUGCCAAGGACCAUUCGCGCCCUGUACGCCCACUCUUACGUGGACAGACUUUGGAACUUGGGUGCCACCGAGCGCAGACAAAUGGGUCUGCAGCCGGUCCAGGGCGACCUCAUGGACGAUACAACGCAACCCGGAACAUGCAGGCCGGUGCACUUGGAGAAGGAAGAGGCUGCAAAGGCCUCGAUUUUCCACUUGCUGCUGCCACGACCUGGAGCAGGUGUGUCCUUGCCCGGUCAUCAUGUGGGGCAGUUUAUGCGGAGUUAUCUUGCUUACGACGGCCUCGACCCCGAGGAGCUGACCCUGGAGGCCCCCAACACGGACGAUCCCGUCCGGCUCACUGGCUGUAUGCGACACGUCCUCAUUCGGCCAGAGAAGCUCAGUUGGUAUUUGGAGCCCAACGUUGGCAUUCCUGAGACCGAUUGGGCAGACCAGCCUGGGACGAAGGUAAGCCGUGCAGUGAAUCAUUUUGCCCGUGCCCGCGCCAAACAUGACCUUGAUGAGUCAAAGUCACUGGUGCUGGAUUUUCAAUUGGGUCCUGGACAGUAUGCCACUAUGGCAAUGCGGGAGGUCAUGCGACGCCGGCCGCCGAAGGCACCGCCGCGUCACGUGGUCUUCAGCGACACCGAGGAGGAGCCUGAGAGUCUUCAUCAAAGCCGCGAGCGUGGAAAAAUGGAGUUCGUUGCAAGGACUCUGUGUGACUUCUGCGAGCGCUUCCCCCUGCUUGAGUAG